AUGAAGAGAGUAAUGAGGAUUCAGCUAAUGAGAAUGGUUCAUUCGCUAGUUGUCAAGUCAACAGAAAGCAAGAUGAAAAAAAUAAGGGCAUACAUUAACAGUUACGAAGAGAAAACUAAUGAAAUAAAAAGUGAAAAUAAGUAUCUCGGUUUGUUAAGAAAUAUUUAUCAUACUAUCCCUUCGAGACUCAAUGAGAAGGAUGUAUGGAAUGACUUUUUAAAAAACCUUAAGCAGGAAAGAUGUUUUUCGAAGCUAAAAAAAAUUGUUAAUAAGAAUUUCCUAACGUGUCAUUCUUUUUUGUGCAGACAAAUUGUGUUUUUCUAUUAUAUAGGCCUGGAUGAGGAAAUGAACAUUUUGUUAGAUAAAAUGAAGCAGGAGCUAGUCAAAUGUGAUGCAAAAAAUUUCUAUGAUUGUGAUGCACAUAUGAACGAAGACAUAAGUGAUGUUAUUAAAAUGCUAUAUUUAUUGUAUAACGUUCGCAAAACGAAAAAGAAUUAUAAAGACAUGGUUUUAUUAUGGGAUAAGUACAUUUUUUAUAGCAAAAAAGAUCCUGUGAAUAAUUUAAAGUAUUUGUUUUAUUUCCAUUUAUUUUAUGUACAUUUGAAGCAUUCUUUGUGUAAGAUAUAUAAAUGCAUUGAAUUGAAAAAGCAUAGGAUGGACUUGGAACAUAUUAUGUUACUUAUUCGGUAUGUAAACAUGUAUUUGAAGCAUUUAUAUUUUCACAAUGUCAUACACCAUAGGGAAGACACAUCCAAUCAAAAUAACCAAAGACAUUUCCUCUAUGAGGUUACAAAUUACUUCGACAGUAGCAACACAACAGUUGGUAUUAAUCCGGAUAGCCAUUCUAAAAAACUCUCAUAUGAUGAAAAAAAUGAUUCACAGAGGAAGAUACAAAAUGAAAUUGACAUUUUUUUGGGGAACCUUUUUCGAAUAAACAAAAAUGAUAAGGACUACUUUAUAUUUAACAAUUUUGACGAUAUCAAAAUAAAUGGAAUGAGUGGAAUUGUCUCUAUGAAUGAUAGUAUAAGCAGCUUGAACAAUGUAGGAAGGGUAGGCAAUAGUGGACUGAUCAGUAGCAGUAGUAAUAAUAAUAGCUCCUCUUCUAUACAUAAACAGAAAUUAUCUAACCCUUUUGAAAGUAGCGUAGGCAUCAGGGUACAAGAAAAAAAGCAUCUCGUUUUAGAGAAACGUCAAGGGGAUGAUGAAUCCAAUUUUGAAAGAAACGUUGAUACAGUUAAAGGAAUACACGGAAUGGAAACAAAAUCUGAAGAAGAAAUAUUAACAAGAUGUAAGGGUCAAAGAGAGAGAAGUAAUGAAAUAAAACCAAUACGGGCUGAGGUAUCAUUAGGAAAUAUGAAUGUUGGUGAAGUUUUUGAAGGAAUUUGUACUGUGCAGGAAGAAUGUGGAGAAGGCAAAAUCGACAUGAAAUUCGAGAAGAAUGGAGAAAUAGAAGUUAGUCAUAAUGAACUAAAAUUGUAUAGAGACAUAUACAGAACUUGCACUAACGAAGUAAUGAAAAAGGUAUUGCUAAAUAAGGAUAAAAUAAGUCCAUCCAUUUUGUGGAAUAAUUUUAUAAGCUGUUUGUUUAAAGAUGAAUUUACGUUCUUUCUAAUGAACGAAAUAAAAAACAAAAUAGAGAUCCUAAAUGAAGAACAGUUUUUUACUUAUCUUAGACAAGUAAAGUUAUUGCAACUGCAAGACCAUCCGUGUGUUAUCAAUAUUCUUCAUGUUUUUUUUAAAAAUUAUAUAGAAAUAGAGAAAAAGGGGAUAAAUAAUUUUUAUAUUGCUGAUAAAAUGACAUAUUAUACAGAUAUUUUUUGCCAAAGUUCUACGGUGCAAAAAAAUAUUCUGAAUAUGUACAGGUUAAAUAUGAACUUUUUUAAUAUAAAAAUUUUAAAAAAAAUUCUUGCAAAAUUGUUUUAUGUGUUAAAAAAUAAUAAUUAUUUAAUUAACGGUUUCGAUAUACUUAUAAAAAAUAUUAUGAUUAAAAUUGGAGUAAAGGGUUCUUUCAGUGACGUUGUGAUGGUUUUAUACACACUUCGGCAGUAUAAUUUUUACAAAACUUGUAUGAAUGUUCAGACAAAAAAUGAAAACCGUGGUGAUGGAAAUAUUUGUACUAAUAUUGUAUCUCUAAAUAGAAAUUACAACUUGGCACAAAAUGAACUUUGUAACAAUAUUGUCUACGACCAGAUACAAAAAAAAAUGCUCUCUUUUUUUUUUUCUCUCAAAAGUAGAGAAAAAUUGUACGGUGAAGAAAUUACCUUAACAGACAGAAUAAAAAAUUUAGAAAAUUUAUUCCAUUUGAGUGUAGAUCAUUUAACAUUUAUGAAAAACGAUUACAACCGAAUUUAUGAAUACAUGUUCUACAGGACAAUAAUUGAAAAAAGGAAAUUAGGAGGGAAACUUUAUUACGAUAAAUAUUUUGAUCUGAAUAUCAUUUUGAUGAUAAAUAAACAUCUAGUCAAAUUGUUUUUCAUUUUUGUCAAUAAAUUCUUCACAGCAGUAAGAAGCGCAGAUAAUCUCCUCCCCAUUUUUGAUUGUGUUAAUAAUUUAUUUAGCGACAUUAAGGGGAGUGGUGAUGGUGGAGGUGGGUUGAACAUAUUAGCGGAUCCCUCAUGUGGUGACACAUUUUCAAAAAAGCGUGAGGUUCUCCAGGUUGAAUUACACAAGUACGCAGAGAAGUACCCAUUUGAAUUUACUACAGUGAAAGGAUUUGGAGAUCUGCUUCUCCUCACACUUCUAGACAACUUGAUUUACUUUGAAAUAAAAAGUUUUCAUUUUAUAAAUUUGUUUUUCAAAUUGUUUGAGGAGAAUUUAUGGCCCUUGUGUUCAUACCAUUAUAUAUUUUUUUAUCGAAUUUUUGACAAUUUCACAUACAGUCAAAUAAAUGGCAGGGACAAAAGGAGUGGUAUAAAAGAGGGAAAGAGAGGAAUGUAUGAUGGGUGUCAGUUCUCAGAAAAAAGUUUUGAAAAGGAUAAAAAAAAAAUUCUAAAAAUUUGUAUUGAAAAUAUAAAAUCGGUCAUCAGAGAAAACAUAAUAAGAUUAAAAAAAAGCAAGAUGAACGAAGAAAGCAAAAAAAAAAUAAAUCUUACUUUGAAUGAAAGUAAUUACGAUGAGGAGAAUAAAUUUACCGUUACAAACAGCAGACAUUACUACAUAAAUGGAAAAGUUGAGAAUUAUCUCCAUAGUCAUUAUUUAGUAUGUGAGAUACACAACCUGGAUUGCUUGAUAAACCUCAUUUUUUGCUACUUUCAAAAGGAACAUAUAAUUGACAUAUUUAAAAACUCCAUCUUACCAUCCAUAAACGAUUACCUCAAAUGGAAUGGAAAAGAUGCAAUUAUAAAGUACUUAUCAGUUGUAGAAUCCACAGUUGAGGCCGUCUUGAAUGUUGACUCAAAUAGUGAAAGCAAUUCUCGUUAUACUAACAGCAUAAAUUGUAACGAUUUUGAAAAAAUCAGGGAUUUACUUAUACCAAAUGAAGAGGAAGAUAAAAUAAUUGAAAAGGAAAUUAGAGAGACUAUCAGAAAAUACGAAUUUUUUUAUAUCAACAUGAUGAUCAGCAAGGAUGGGUAUGGUCAAUCGGAUGACAGCUGGUGUAAUAAUUUUGAGAACUACAAAUGUUACAUAGAUUUCAUGUGUAAAAAGAGGGGAAACUACAGUGCAUUGGAUAUUUUGAGAAUGGUUAAAGGGGGUUAUAAACACUAUAAGUAUGACAAAAUAGAAUGCAUAAUUAGAAAUAUUAAGAGAGAGUUAUGCAAGAUUAAAAAUUACCACUUGGGUUUUGAAUUUUAUGUGAGCUAUCUCUUCCUGCUGAUUCUUUUUGAUAAAAAAAUUGCCACAGAAGACGCUGCACAUAUUUUCAAACAAAUUAAUGAACAUUUAGGGAAUCACGAAAUUGUCAACCCAUUUUGGUGUCUUCUGUUAAUUCAAAUUAUGUAUAUAAUUAAAAUACAGGCAUUAUUUUCAUUUGAUUUAAUUAGUUUCCAUUGUAAAAAUGUCACUGUUCUUUACAAUAAUUGGAUUAUCGAUAUGAGGAGAGAAAUAUGCAAGGGGGAAGUCAAGCCAUCACUUCAUGGCAGUAGCAAUAAGAGUCAUGACAGUAGCAAUAAGAGUCAUGACAGUAGCAAUAAGAGCCAUGGCAGUAGCAAUAAGAGUCAUGACAGUAGCAAUAAGAGUCAUGACAGUAGCAAUAAGAGUCAUGGCAAUAAUGACGACACAUUUAAAGAUAACAUCAUUAAGUACCUACAGAAUAAACGAAUCCCUUUUAUAAGAAAUGUUGAAUUGUUAGAGAGCCCCUUUAUAUUCAGCAUCUAUAUUCCCUCAAUGAAUCUUUUUGUACUAGAUGCAAAUUCGUGUCUCUUUUGCGACAUCUUUGUUCAGUUUUUGCAAGACAACCUUUUUGAUUACAUGAAUUCAAAAAUCAUUCAAUUCAAUGAGAAUGGAUACAAUUCGUUGGUUCAAAGUUCCUCAUAG